AUGGCGGUGUUGGAGAUAGCGCCCCGGGGAUGGGCUCUGUCGGCCCUAGGCCUGAGGACGGUGAACUCCGGGCUGAAGGGCAGCAGGCUCCUCCGCACCUCCCGGCUCCCGCCGCUGAUGCCACCCGGGGCGCCCCCGCAGGUGGGCAGCUCCUCACUCUGGGAAUCGUCUACCACCUCCUCUUCCUCUUCCUCCUCUGCUAGCUCCCAGACUCCGGUUUUCGAGUCAAAUGAAGGUCAGAUCCGUCUCACUGAGAGCUGCGUUAAGAGGCAUCUGGAGAUCACAGAAGGGGCAGAGUUCUUCAGGCUACAAGUGGAGGGAGGUGGAUGCUCCAGAUUCCAAUACAAAUUCUCUCUGGACACAGUUAUCAAUCCCGAUGACAGGGUGUUUGAACAGGGCGGGGCUCGAGUCAUGGUUGACACUGAUAGCUUGGCCUUCAUGAAAGGGCCCCUGGUGGACUUCAGCCAAGAAUUGAUCCGAAGUUCAUUUCAGGUGUUGAACAAUCCUCAGGCAGAGCACGGAUGUUCAAGUGGGACUUCAUUCUCUGUCAAACUAUAA